UGUCACCGCUGAGUGCUUGCAUGCCUCUGUACCUGCCUGUAGCUGACAUCUACUGGCUUUUGCCACGAGUAGAAUGUCCAGACAUCGAAUGAAAAUAAAGUCUAGCACACUACAGGCUGCAAAACAGUAAUCUCCUUUUAGCAAGACACUUAUAUGAACUUAUUAGCAAGUCAAACCUUACACAAGUCCAUGAACAUGCAGCUGCCCUAUCCCUCCUUGUAUAUUCCAGCUUCACUAUGAAUACACCGAGCCAGGAUCUCUCUUGCCCUAUGCUUGGUCUUGUGAGCAUGGGUCUGGUGAGAAUGGGUCCCCCAUGGUGUCUGGGAAAUAUAUCCGGGAUGUCCUGUCCGUGGGCGCACAUCCAUGGAAUCCAGCUUUCUCAGGCUGAGAGUAGACAAGCCUGGGUAUUAUUUUCCAUGGAUUGUGCUGUGCCCACAGGGCUGCCAUGUGCAAGGAAGUGUGGGAGGGGUUCCUGCUCUCCCUUGGGAGGCAGCAACAGUUUAGAAAUCAGCUGCUGCUGUCCAUCAAUGUUUAGCACACUCCCCAGUUCCAGAAAGUUCAGUUAUUCUGUUACCCCCAUUGGCUCCUGUUAGAAUACCACUCCUCCUCUGUACCCCGAUUAGUUCUCUGUAUGUCACCCCACUCUGUCUCCCCCUUUUACCCGUUGCCUAUUGGCUGUUUUGUACCCUAACCACUCCCACUUCUUUGCCCUUAAUACCCAGCCCCGCCUUUCCUCGGGGCUUCCGGAGCUGGCUCCCUUCUGGAGAGUUCGUGUCCCCCGUUUCACCCUCCUGUUCCUGCGACGCUCCUGAAAUAAAGCCUCUAGGAAUAAAGCCACUUCGGAGCCCUCUCGUCCUUACGGUGGAGCUAUCCGGGUCCCGCCACAUCCUCCCCGCGGACCAGUCCUCUGAGGGUUUUCCCCCGCACAGGCUGGGCACCCGGGUGAAGCCCGGAGGACUUGUAUUUUAAUACAAGUGGCGUCCCGAACACGGCGACCACUGCCCUGGUCACCGAGGAGCGUCUCCCGUGAGCGUCCGGAUCCGUGACCCCGCGCUCCGGGACUUCAAGCGCCGUUUACCGCCUCUUCCAGGGGCAGCUGUACUUCGAUUGUUAGAAGGCUUUUGCCUCCUGGCGUUGCUGACAACUCAUGGAUAUCCGACCCUGCAGCUUCGGGGGAAGCGCCGGAUUUCACGAGAUCAGCAGCACUCCACCGCCCCACCACAGCUUUCUUCUUUUUGCUGCGUCCCGGUGUUGGUGAGUUUCGCUGCUUGAGGCGAGCAGCCGACGCAGGCUUUUCUUUUCUUUUCUCCUUUUGCUUUGGCCGGGGAUCUCUCUUGCAGCGGGAAAAAUGGGCAACCGCCUUUCCCCUGCACGACGGGAGUUUUAUAUCCAAGUUAAGUCCGCCCUUAUGUUGGGGAAUGUUUCCUUUAAAAAAGGGGUUUUAAAAUCUUUUGUUAAAUUUAUUUUUGAACACUUUCCUGACGUUUCCAUGGACGAUGUCUUUUCUGUUUCAUUUUGGGGGAAAGUUGGACGUUACAUUUCUGAUGUUCAAGUUACGGGGAAUUUUAAAGUUGGGAGAUUUUUUCCAAUUUAUGAUUCCAUUUUUAAUUUAGUUAAAUCGAAAGGGGAAAGUUUGGGUCCCAGUUCUCCUACCCCUCAUUCCGCCCCCCCCGCUCCUAACCCCACUUCCCCUAAGGAUGGAUCGGGAGACAGAUCCUGCCAGAAUGAGGCACAGGGCUGCUGCCAUCUCCCUGCUGCCUCCCGUGCCACCCUGUCCUCUCCUUGUGUUGGGACUGGCCACCCCAGCACGAGCCCUACCCAUUCCCUCGUUCCACGAGUCCCUGACCCCAGUUAUAUCCCCAGUUGUAUCCCCAGUUGUCAUGGUUGUUCCAAUGCUGUUUUAAUACCUCAAAAUGGCGACGGCCUCGUGGCCGGUCGCCACACAGCACAAAAGGGCGCCUCCUCCUCACCCCCUCGGGUUCCCGCCACUGUAAUAGCUCCGCCCCCUCCAUCGGUUGCCGCCCCUGCAUCGGGUCCCGCCCCCCAUCACGCGUUGAUUUCGGUGACGUCGGGACCCUCCCAUCCUGCCUCCUUGACCAUGCCCCUGGGUGGGCCCCUGGUGGGUGGGACAGGCCUGCCGGAAGGCCACGCCCCGGUGGGUGGGUCAGGCCAUGCCCCAGUGGGUGGGUCAGGCCAUGCCCCAGUGGGUGGGUCAGGCCACGCCCCCUCUCAUGCCGCCCCUGGUUCCCACGCCACCGGAACCGGAAGUAGGCCCAGCCGGAAGCAGGCCAUCUUAGCCUGCAGGGUCUCCCGGCACCGGGACCCACUGGCAAGGGAGAGGCUCCGCGCCCUAGCCCGUCCUGCCUCAUCCUCGGAAGAGGAUGAGGACGGCGACGACCCCCGGCCCACAACCAAGCCGCGGGAGGGCUGGGCCCGGAUCCGGGCCGAGGCCAUUAAGGAUGGGGACCUAGAUCUCGCAAGGGAUCUAGGUCCAUUUGAGGCACCAAUUGUGCAUAAGAGGGGAAAAGAGCCGAGGUGGGAACAGUUACCAUACGUGGAAGUGAAGGAGUUGAGGAGAGCCGCAAAAGAUUAUGGGAGAAAUUCUCCCUUUUUUAAAAAUGUUUUAGACCUUACCUUUUCGGGACAUUGCCUUGUACAACAUGACCUUCGCUAUAUAGCGAAGGCCCUGCUGUCCCCCACAGAAUUUCUUCUGUGGGAGAUACAUUGGAAAAAAUUGAUUAAGUCUCUCCUAACAAAGUAUGAUCUCAGGGAGGUGUUAGGAGACGGCGCAGAGGGACUUGAAGCUCUGGCAGGGGAAGGGGAAUUUAGCAGACCUGAGGACCAAAUCCUCCUUCCCGAGAAUUUGUUAAGUGACAUAAGGGACGCUGGGAAGGAGGCACUGCUGAAAAUCCCCGAUGGUACCACCCCCCUCCAAAACUUUUCAUCAAUUCUUCAAGGCCCUGAUGAAACUUUUAUCAAGUUUGUGGACAGGUUAAAGGAAGCCAUCGACAGGCAGAUUGAGAACGUCGAGGCCCGAGAAGAACUUCUGCAAAAGAUGGCCCUGACCAAUGCCAACCCGGAGACCAAGAAGAUCCUGAGGGCUCUUCCCCAGGAUCCGGAGCCUACCAUCGCUAAGAUGGUAGAGGCGUGCACCAAGGCGACUUCGAUGGAGCAAACAGUGGCAUUUGCGACCAACAUACAGGAAUCCCUGCUUCCAUCGGCCGGGAAACGGAAGGCAGAGCACGAGGAAGGGACGCGCCAUGACACCAAAUGGCCCAUCCCAGCGCCUGGGGCUGCCAUCUCUCCCGGAGAACCACGGCCCCAACGGUACGUUUCUCCGGACGUCCGCAGCCAGGAGGAUGGGCUCCGGCUCCUCAGAAGAACCAGGCAACUGAACUGCGCCCGUCGCCAAGUCCUCCGGACCAGCCUUCACGUCAUGUUUCCAGAUGAGGACUUGGUUUGCGUCCCAGCGGGAUUCCUGCCACCGCCCUACUGUGACUACCCCACCACUGUCUUGCUGUUAGGAGACACCGCCAACACGCCGGAUGACCUCACCAUCAUCCCAGAGGUCAUCUACUUUGAGCCAGGGACAGAGCUCACCGUCUCCGUGGUAUGUUACCAGCCUCCAUUCUCCUUGCCUAAGGGGUCUCCUUUAGCUCUUUGCUACAUCUUGCAUGUCCACACAGAAGACACCAGCAUGGACCUUUCAACAGAUUUUUCUUCGGACUCUUCUGCCUUUCUUGUGCAAAACGUAAGCAGACAGAGACCUAUUAUUAAGACUUCUUUUGUUUUACAGGGAAAGUCCAUCUCACUAGACCUGAUGGCAGAGACCGGCGCGGAUGUUACCAUCAUUCCCCAGGCAGAGUGGCCUCGCGACUGGGAGCUGGUGUCCCCUUGUGGCACAAUCUCCGGCGUGGGAGGUGCUGUCAAUUCCCGCCGGAGCAAACAUCUGGUAUGUGUGGAGUGGCGGAGGGUCAGGUUGCCACAAUUAGGCCUUUUGUGGUAG